GACGCCAGCCAAAGAGAGACGACGAAAGCAUGGCCGGCGACUCGACGUACGUGGGCACGUACUCGCCCGUGACGGGCUUCGUCUUCCUCUUCAACCUCAUCGUCGGCGCCGGCGCCUUGACCAUCCCGCACGCCUUCGCGCAGGUCGGCCUCCUCUACGGCCUCGGCGCGCUCUGCCUCCUCGGGCUCGUAAGCUACGUCUCGGCCACGUUUGUGAUCGAAGCCAUCGCCGGUGUCAACGCGCUGCGCCGCCUCAGCAACCCGCCGGUAUUGACCAAGCAGGGCUCACUGACCAUGGUUUUGAGUGGCGCGUCGCAGGCGGUCGACGAGGCCUCCGAGGCGGUCCCGUUCCUGACGCACACCGAGGAGGAAGAAGGCUACGUGGCAGGCUUGCGCUUUGACAUUUCGGAAAAGAUCGAGAUUGCCGCCAUGGCCCAAGAGCUCUUCUCGCGCAAGGGUCUCGCCGCCUUUUAUGCAUGCGUCGCGGCCUACCUGUACGGCGACUUGGCCAUCUACGCCGUCGCGAUCCCAAAGAGCUUGCGCGAGGUCAUCUGCCCGCGCCCGUCCAGCAACGCCGCCGUAUGGGAGUGCCCGAACGUCGCGAUGAACAGCGCGCAGCUCUACCGCAUCCUCGUGGUCGUCUUUGGGCUCACGCUCGGCUCGUUUGCGUUCGGGCACAUGCAGAAGACGCAGUGCAUCCAGCUCAUCACGACCGUCAUGCGCCAUGCAUCGUUCGCGCUCAUGAUCAUCCUCGCCUUCGUGGGCAUUGGCCGCGGCGAAGGCCGGCCGAUUGCCGACGUGGUUGCUCACGAAGACAUUACGUCGCUGCCCAACUUUUUCGGCGUCUGCAUCUACUCGUUCAUGUGCCACCACAGCAUCCCGGGGAUCAUCGCGCCCAUCAGCAAGAAGCGGUCGGUCGGCCUCGUGCUCCUCUACGCAUUUGUCGCGGUCAUGAUUGUGUACGUGGUGCUCUCGAUCUCGGCCACCUUCCGCUUCCAGCCCGCCGACAUCCAGGAUGUGUAUACGCUCAACUUUAACGACUACCCGGUUCGCUUCAUUGCGUACUUUCUGAGCUUGUUCCCGGUCUUCACGCUCAGCACGACGUUUCCGAUCAUUUGCAUUACGCUCCGGGAGAACCUCCACACGCUCUUCAAAGGCGAGCCGAACUCACCUGCGAGCAACCGCCACUGCAGCCCGACCACCCUCUUUGCGAUCGCGGCUGUCGUGCCGCCGCUCCUCGUUGCGCUGUGCACAGAGGACGUGGGCAUGCUCGUGGGCAUCACUGGCGCGUAUGCAGGACUUGGCAUUCAGUGGGUGAUUCCGGCUGCGUUCGUCUACUGCUUGCGCCAGCGCCUCGUGCUGCUCCAGACGCAGCUGAAGCUCUCGAGUCUCCCAAAGAACCCGUACGCGAGUCCGUUUGGCAAGAUGGUGUGGCUCUAUUUAACGUUCGCGCUCUCGGCAGUCUCCCUCGUCGUCAUCACGUACACCCGCCUCUUCAAGUAGAGGCGACGAUACAUUGUCCGAU